GCUACUGUUUGUUCACGGCAUCUCGAGACCCGGCACGACACGACAUCUUCACGAAGUAACGCCACACUAACCCUUCAGACACAAUGGCCAAGAUCUCGCGUGGUGCCCCUGGUGGCAAGCUCAAGAUGACCCUGGGUCUCCCUGUCGGUGCCGUCAUGAACUGCGCUGACAACUCCGGUGCCCGAAACCUCUACAUCAUCGCCGUCAAGGGUAUUGGUGCUCGCCUGAACCGAUUGCCCGCUGGUGGUGUCGGUGACAUGGUCAUGGCCACCGUCAAGAAGGGAAAGCCCGAACUCCGAAAGAAGGUCCACCCCGCCGUUAUCGUCCGACAGUCCAAGCCCUGGAAGCGAUUCGACGGUGUCUUCCUGUACUUCGAGGACAACGCUGGUGUCAUCGUCAACCCCAAGGGUGAGAUGAAGGGCUCCGCCAUUACCGGCCCCGUCGGUAAGGAGGCUGCUGAGUUGUGGCCCCGUAUUGCCAGCAACUCUGGUGUCGUCAUGUAAGGUGCUUGCUUGCGAAAGGAAAUCAAGGAAAGACAAAAGGGCGUGCGGUGCGUGGUGGUUGGGUUUCUGUCCCGAAUGCGAUCAGAUAGAGCGCGGUAAAGAAACAUUAUCCCCCCUUCCCCAAGACUCUUAUUCUUUUUUCAUCUGCCCGGGUCAAGGGGAGGGUGAAACGGGGAAUGUUCUUUUUAUCUACUACUUUUAAAGUCGCUGGAUUGGCACAAGGCUCUUGCAUUUCGGUUGCGGCGUGUAAGGAUGAUUCACAUACCAGGCAUUCACAUCAAGGACAAAACAAAAGUCACUUCAAAACGA